CAUUCAUUUUCUUUCAUUUAUAUUGUUUUAAUACUUCCAAGUUUAAAGUUAAUUUCAUAGUGGUGAUUCACAAUGUCUGAAAACAAGCGUUAUAAAGAAUUAGUUACUAAACGAGCGUCCGCCAAAGGACAGAUUACAAAGUUUAAAAAUUAUUUAAGUAAUAUUUCCAAAGAAACUGAACUAAAUGAUAUUCAAUUAACGGAAUUAAGAUUGAAGCUAGCCAAGUUUGAGGCUUUGUCUGUUAGGGUUGAUGACUUGCAGAGUGAGAUAGAUGUUUUAAAUCCUGAGAAUAUUGCGGCGGAAAUUGAUGAACGUGAUCGCAUGGAGCAGGAUAUAGUUAUUAAUAUAGCCACUGCUAAAAACUUGUUAGACAUACUUUCGAGCAAAAAAGAAAGCGAUAAUAGGCGUAGCUCCGUUCACAAUGCUUCAUGUUGUAACGACGAACAUCAUCGCAAUGUAGAAUUUAAGCUUCCUCAAAUUCAAAUCACAAAAUUUAACGGUGAAUAUUUCCGCUGGUUAGAGUUUAGAGAUACAUUCGAAAGUUUAAUUCAUAAUAAUGAGCGCAUCCCUGAAAUAAAUAAAUUUCACUAUCUAAAUUCAUAUUUGCAAGGUGACGCAGCCAGAAUCGUUUCUAAUUUUGAAGUUUCGGCAAAAAAUUAUGGUGAAGCUUGGAAACUACUCUGUAGCCGCUACAAUAACAAUAGAAUAUUAAUUAAUCACCAUUUGAGUUCACUAGUACAUUUAAAACAGCUUCCACGUGAAUCAGAAAAAUCGUUAAGGUAUUUGGUUGAUCAUAUUACAAAAAAUUUGCGUGCUCUUGCCAGUCUUGGACAGUCAACUGAUAAUUGGGAUGUUUUAGUUAUAUAUAUGGUCUCGGGUAAGUUGGAUAAUCAAACAUUGCUCAAGUGGGAGGAGUAUCGUAGCACUAUGGUGAACGACUCCCCGACUUUAGAGCAGUUUUUUAAAUUUAUUACGGACCGUGCUAAUGUGCUUGAGUCUACAAGUCGUAAUAACAAUCAUAGUGAUAACGUUGGUGUUCCUAGAGUGCCUAGCAAUCUGCAGCGGUCAACUACAAAUAAUAAUAAUCAAAUUCAUCAUUUUCACAAAUAUAAUCAAAGACAUAAUUCGAAUAGCGUAGUUAAAUCGUUUGCAACCACUAGCCAUAAUAAAAACAAGGCACAGCCUGGAUUUUCAUGCAUAAUUUGUGAUCAACGUCAUAGAAUUUAUGACUGCCCAACAUUCAAGGCUAAAAGUAUUGACGAAAGAAUGAACGAUGUCUUAAAGUACAAACUAUGUACGAAUUGUUUAAGACAGGGUCACUCUGUCAAUGACUGUCGCUUAAGAAGUUGCCAGGAACCGGGUUGCACUGAGAAACAUAACAGCUUGCUGCAUCGGCCGCCAGUGUUAGUAGGUCAGCUCGUCUCCGUCGAGGAGCAGGGGGAGGUUGUAUCCGCUUAUUGUAACAAAAAUACUAAUCAAAUUAUAUUAUCAACUGCCGUAGUCGAGGCAUUGAAUCCACUUGAUGGGCAAAAGAUCAAGGUUCGUGCGCUUUUAGACUGCGGUAGUCAAUCAUCAUUUAUUACUGAAUCCCUUAAGGUCAGAUUAGCAUUAAAAUCUUUUCCCAUUGACACUCUAAAGGUCAUUGGCAUAGGAAACACGCCAAACAACAAGGUUAAUGAAAGCUGUAAUAUUAAACUACAGUCAAUCAAUAGUUCAUUUAAUAUUUCUUGUUCAUGUUUGGUUCUAAAGGAGCUGACAGGGCGAUUACCAAAGUUUCCCAUCGACAUCAGCUUAUUGCAGCUACCUGAUAAUAUUUCGUUAGCUGACCCCAUGUUUUAUAAGCCAGCCUGUAUAGAUAUAUUGAUAGGUGCUGAUUUAUUUUGGGAUAUUUUAGGAAACGAACAAAUCUCAUUAGGAAUCAAUAAUCCAAAGCUGAGAAGUUCGCAAUUAGGUUGGAUAGUGUCCGGUCCCAUUCAAGCAGUGACACCUGACAAAAGGGUACACUGUAAUCAUAGUGUAAUUUAUAAGGAUAAUGAUAGUGUUGACAAGCUUUUAACAAAAUUCUGGGAGCUGGAAGAAAUACCUGCCAAACCAAUAAUAAAUGAAAACGAAUGUGAAAGACAUUUUCUCGCUCACACAACGAGAACUAAUACAGGCAGAUUUUGUGUGAAGUUGCCACUUAAAGAUAGCGCAGACUGCUUGGGCGAUACAUACAAGUUAGCUAAAAAACGUUUUUUAAAUUUGGAAAAGAGGUUAGGACGAAAUCCCACGUUAAAAUCAGAAUACGCUAAUUUUUUAAAAGAAUAUGCGGAUUUGGGUCAUUUAUCAGUGGUAGACGUUAAUUGUGCAUUAACUUCGAGUUAUUAUCUUUGUCAUCACGCGGUUCUGAAACAAGAAAGCGAAACCACCAAGCUUCGGGUGGUAUUCGAUGGUUCAGCACCGUCAUCUUCCGGCUAUUCACUAAAUGACAUAUUGAUGGUAGGUCCCAACGUGCAGGAUAAUCUAUUUUCCAUACUGAUACGUUCUAGACAGUAUAAAUACCUACUCACGGGCGAUGUAGAAAAAAUGUUUCGCCAGGUACUGCUGCAUGAGGAUGACAGACACCUGCAGCGUAUUUUAUGGAGAGAAACAGAAUCUGAACCCAUCAAGACUCUGGAGCUCAAUACCGUAACCUAUGGAACGGCCAGUGCAAGUUAUUUGAGUACUCGCUGUUUAUGGCAGAUUGGUCAGCAGCAGGACGAUGUGCGUAUAAAGGACAUCAUCCAACGGGACUUCUACGUAGAUGACCUCAUAACUGGAUCCGAUGACGCCCAGGAGUUAGUGUACAUUCAUAGGUCUGUAACUCAAGCUUUACAAUCAGCUUGUUUUCAUUUAAGAAAAUUUAAAACAAAUAAUUCCUCUAUCUUUAAUAAUGUUAUUGUAAAUGAACAAGAUAAGUUACUUUUUAGCGAAUCCAUAAGCACCCUAGGGUUGGGCUGGACACCUUCUAGUGAUGUGUUACAUUUUCCUAUAAAGGGUUUUUCAAGUGAUGAUAGUCAAACUAUAACAAAACGACUAAUCAUGUCAAACGCUUUUAAAAUAUUUGACCCAUUAGGCAUAUUAAGUCCGGUCGUGGUAAAACCUAAAAUAAUGCUGCAAAACCUUUGGCAACUAAAGUUAGAUUGGGAUCAGCCGGUCCCGGAUGCGAUAAAAAACGACUGGAAUAAGUUUUCCGAAAGCAUAAAAUAUUUGUCCAAUUUACAAGUGCCUAGGUUAGUUUUGGGUGAAUCUCCACAAUGUAUUGAGCUACAUUCGUUUAGCGACGCUUCAAAACACGCGUACGGAGCAUGCAUUUAUAUGCGGUGCAUAAAUAUGAACGGUGACGUCACCGUCAGAUUGCUGUGUGCAAAGUCGAAAGUGGCGCCAUUAAAACCCACUACAAUACCGCGCCUCGAACUCUGUGCAGCCUUACUCGCCGCUAAACUAACACGAGCAGUACUCGAUUCACUUCGGCGUAAACCCGCUAAACUGGUGCACUGGUGUGACUCAUCUGUGGUAUUGUGCUGGAUGCGCUGCGACGCCAGUAAGCUAAAGGUGUAUGUAGCUAACCGCGUCACAGAAAUAAGGGAGUUAACGUCGUCUUCAGCGUGGCGAUAUGUUCCAACGCAGUCUAACCCGGCUGACUUAAUUUCAAGGGGUGUGGACGCAAAACCAUUUACAUCAAUGGCACUGUGGUGGACGGGGCCUAGCUUUCUACUCCUAAAUGAGUCCGAAUGGCCUAAGUUAAACGCCAAUGAGCCAGACAUUCUACCGGAAUUGAAGGGCACUUCAUUAUUGGAAGACCGUUGACUGCUCUGCCAACACCAACACUGGAGGAUGUCAAGGAAAGCCAGCUACGACGCUAUGAACGGCUGGAAAGGA